UCAUGGGUAAGGGCGGGAAUUCAGCAAUUUGCACAGCUAGUUGGGGAGGCAGGAAUCCAACCGUUCCCGAGGUUACAGGAGAGGAUCGCUCUACCCAACAGGGAGCUCUUCACAUACAUUAGAGUAAAACAUAUAGCACAGGAGACCCCUGGUCCCCCACCAGACCCCUCUCUGAUGGGAAACUUUGAACGCCUAUGCAUAGGAGGAAAACUUAGCAGGAAACCAUUAGCGGCCUGCUACAGAGCCAUACAGGACACACAGAGACCACAAAAGUUCUCCUACAUAGUCAAUUGGGAAAAAGAG